AUGAGUGGAAGCGCUGCCACUCAGCCUUCGACAGGCGCCUCCACACAAGACCUCAAAACGAAUGACACUUCGAUCGCUUCCACCGCCGAUUCCUCAACUCCAGCUCCUCAAAACAAUGAAACAAUGACCGACAAACCCAAACAACAACCGCCGCUCGUUAAUAUACCUUCUCGGACUUCUUCUCAUCAAAAGCCUUCUGAUCCAAGCCCUACGGUGCCUCCGGUGCCUCCGGUGCCUCACGAACGGCCUCCCUCUCCGAGGCGAGGCUCCAAACGAAGCCUAUUAAGCAGGAGCAGGAAUAAUAGCAGAAGCAGCAGAAGGUCAGCUCGGGUACUUCGGGCUUCUGAGAGCGCCAAGGAGCCCGUUCCACCCCUUCCACAAGCAGGAAGUUUGAGAACGGGAAAGAAAUCACGAGGCGGCCUUCUUGCUUUUUUGAAUUGCUGCAGUCCCAGCGAGCUCUCCGACGAUACGAAGUCUGACGAUCCCGACGUCUCAGCAAAGAAAAUCAAAAUUCAAUCCACGCCGCAAAGGACAUCCAGACCGCAAGAUCAGAACGAAGUUGUGGUGGAGAAUGAGAAAACUUUGGAAGCCAAGACUCCAGGAGACGAAAGAGCUUUGCAAGGACGACCUGGAGAGGAAGAGGAGGGGGAACUGUCUGAGAAGAAACCACUUGAGGAUUACGCACGACCACGAGAAGAUGCAUACCACGAAAGAGUUGCUUCACGGGCCAGUGGGACGAUUCCAACUUCCACUUCAGCGGAGCCCAGUGCCGGGGAUCAAGGCAUCUCUUUCGGUGAACAGAGCCAGGCAAAGACGACCACAGUUACAACAGCUGAGCAGUCCACCAAGCCCGAUUUGAACGUGAUCGUAGCCACUCCUAUUCAACCUGAGCAUCCCGCCGAAACGCAGAGGUAUGAAGGCGCUAGCAAGAGAAGCAGCGAUGUGGAGAUGCAAGAUGCACCUCCCGCGGUUCCAGAUGUGGAUGAAGAACCUGUGGACGAGCCACCUCAGCCAGCAGAACUACAGCCCCAAGCACCUCUACCUCCACCGCCUCCUCUGGCAAAACGACAAGAACAAAUUGCUUCUAAAGAGGUACCUCCUGUUCCUCAGGCGGCAUCAGAGAAGCAAACGUGGCUUUUGCCUCCUAUUCAGCCUCAUCUGAAAGGUCGAAAAUGCCUGGUUCUCGAUUUGGAUGAAACACUGGUGCACAGCAGCUUUAAGAUUCUCAACCAGGCCGAUUUUACCAUUCCUGUCGAAAUCGAAGGCCAGUACCAUAAUGUAUAUGUGAUCAAAAGGCCUGGAGUAGACGCGUUUAUGAAAAGGGUUGGUGAACUGUACGAGGUGGUAGUUUUCACUGCGUCCGUAUCCAAAUAUGGUGAUCCAUUAUUGGACCAGCUCGACAUUCACCAUGUUGUCCAUCAUAGGCUAUUCAGAGAGAGCUGCUACAACCAUCAAGGAAAUUAUGUCAAGGACCUGUCACAAGUAGGCCGCGAUCUGAAAGAGACGAUCAUCAUCGACAAUUCGCCGACUUCGUACAUUUUUCAUCCUCAGCACGCUGUUCCCAUCAGCUCGUGGUUUUCCGAUGCCCAUGACAAUGAACUGCUGGAUCUGAUACCGGUUCUUGAAGAUCUCGCGGGGCCACAAGUGCAGGACGUGAGUUUGGUAUUAGAUGUUGCUCUGUGA